AUGGGAGCUCGUUGCUCUAAAUUCUCUCUCUGCUGGUGGCCUUCCCACAUGAAAUCAAACCUCCAUGAUUUGUCUGAUAAUGAUGAUGAUGGGAAGAGGAAUGAGAAGGAUCCUUGGGGAGGGUUCAGUGAGUACAGUUUGGAUCAGCUGAGAGUUGCCACCUCAGGAUUUUCACCAGACAACAUUGUCUCGGAACACGGUGAGAAAGCUCCAAAUGUUGUCUACAAAGGGAGGCUUGAAGAUGAUAAGUUGGUUGCUGUGAAGCGCUUCAACAAGUCUGCUUGGCCUGAUUCUCGACAAUUCAUAGAGGAGGCACGUGCUGUGGGGCAACUGAGGAAUGAAAGAUUGGCCAACUUGGUUGGGUGUUGUUGCGAGGGAGAAGAAAGAUUGCUUGUUGCAGAGUUCAUGCCCAAUGAAACUCUUUCUAAACAUCUUUUUCAUUGGGAAGCCCAGCCUAUGAAAUGGGCAAUGAGGCUGAGGGUGGCCUUGUAUUUAGCUCAAGCUUUGGAAUACUGCAGCAGUAAAGGAAGGGCAUUGUACCAUGAUCUUAAUGCUUACAGAAUUUUGUUUGAUCAGGAAGGCAACCCUAGACUCUCUUGUUUUGGACUCAUGAAAAACAGUAGGGAUGGCAGAAGCUAUAGUACAAAUUUAGCCUUCACACCUCCAGAGUACUUGAGGACAGGAAGAAUCACUGCUGACAGUGUAGUUUACAGUUUUGGCACCCUAUUGCUUGAUCUUCUGAGUGGAAAGCAUAUCCCACCUAGCCAUGCACUUGACCUUAUACGAGGCAAAAAUUUUCUGUUGCUGAUGGACUCAUGUUUGGAAGGCCAUUUUUCAAAUGAUGAUGGAACUGAGUUAGUGAGAUUAGCUUCACGUUGUUUAGAGUAUGAACCUCGUGAGAGACCAAAUGUUAAGUCACUUGUGACUGCUUUGACCCCUCUUCAGAAAGAAACUUCGGUACCGUCAUAUGUUUUAAUGGGCAUACCAGAUAGGAGUCUGUCAUCAGAGGAAACAGUUUCAUUAACACCUUUUGGUGACGCUUGUUCCAGAAGAGAUCUGACUGCAGUACAUGAGAUUUUGGAUAAGGUGGGCUACAAGGAUGAUGAAGAUGUUGCGAAUGAGCUUUCUUUCCAAAUGUGGACAAAUCAAAUACAAGAAACUCUAAAUUCUAAGAAGCAAGGUGAUUCUGCUUUCCAUGCUAGAGACUUAUCUACAGCCAUCGACUGCUAUACACAAUUCAUCGAUGGUGGAACCAUGGUGUCACCUACCGUGUAUGCCAGGCGCUGCUUAUGCUACCUGAUGAAUGACAUGGCACAAGAAGCACUUGGAGAUGCCAUGCAAGCUCAAUCAAUAUCUCCCACCUGGCCCACUGCAUACUAUCUUCAAGCAGCUGCUCUCUUCAGCCUUGGCAUGGACAAUGAUGCACAGGAAAGCCUUAAAGAUGGAACAACACUGGAAACCAGGAAGUAUAGAAACUGA